UUCCCACUCAGUACAACAGUAAUGGUAGGGCUGACUUUAACCAAGAGCGGAUGGUUGUACAUCAUUGUGUUGUUCACGGGAAUCGGGAAUGUGGUGAUUGGUCAAGACUGCGACAGUUUUGUCUGCUUGCGGGAGUUCCAUGGUGACAUGACGACAACCGUAGGGGGUACAAGCACCUUAUGUAGCAUUACACAAGCGUACCUAUCCUGCCUCCGCAGGUCCACGGUGAUUUGUACGUCCCUGACAAUACAGGAGAUGACGGACAUGGCCUCUCUCCUCAUGACGCAUGCUGCAUGUGGUAUAGGGUCUAACAAAGCCGGAUUCAUUUUCACCGUGAUUGCUGCUUGUAUUGUCAGAGUACUAAGUGUAUGAGAUAUGGGGAACACUUUCUCAACAGCGAACAACAAACAGGCGCUUUACGUGAGACUAGAUUUAAUAACGUUUGAUAGUUAUGUUUACCUAACAUAAAUACGUCAUGGAGACAUCAUAAGGCAUUCUUUGCAUACUUAAGUCAUCCACCAAUAUACCGAUUAUGUGUCACGUACCUAUGGCGUCAAUUUUUUCCUGUCCUAAAGAUAUGCCAUUGUGCGCUAAAUUGAUGUUAAAUUUUUGGCGGCUAACUCUACACUAACUCUCGGGUUAACUGAUAUAUUGGGAGAGAGGUAUAUGUUCACGAUUAAGGAACUCAAAAUAUCAGGCUAGUUUCAAGAAAUACGCUACAUAAAAUGCAAUGGCUUAGCAGUUUAUCACAAAUGUGAAUUAUAUUAUAUGUUUUACAAAAUAUAAAAUCUUUCGAAAGCACACGGAAUCGACCUCCAGCCUAUUAUAAUACCAGUAAAUUGUAAGUCUUCAAAAACAAAGUCAGCAUUUAUUUUGGGGUGUGUGCGUCUCCAAAAUCCUUGUAUAAGAAUAUGAUAUCCUCAUACUUUGAGUAUAACUUGUUGCAUUGAUGUUCCUGUAAAAUAUGUCGGGUGUUCCUAUAUUUACAUUUGUGUCCAUUUUUAGAUAUAUUCCUCCGCCUUGAAUAAAACUAUAUCAAUCAUUUUAUCAACUUCUCUGUUGUGUGUGCGUAUUCAUGUGCGUGUGCGUGUGCGUUUGCGUGUGCGUGUGCAUGUUGUUUAACAACAUUCCAGCGAU